AUGUCUGCAAAAGGUCUCAUCUUCAUGACCGGAGGCACAGGCUUCAUCGGCGCGACCACCACCCUCGUCGCCCUGAAAGCCGGCUACCAUCUCCGCCUCGCCGUGCGCCAAGAAUCCCAAAUCUCGAAGCUCAAGCACGUAUUCCCAGAAUACCUCCCCAGUCUUGAUUUCGUCCUUGUACCCGAUAUUGCGGCUGAUGACGCCUAUGCAGGCAAACUCGACGGCGUGGAUUACAUUAUACAUCUCGCAUCGCCGAUCCCUCACACGACCGAGAAGGAGGAGAUAGUGACGCCAGCUGUGAAGGCCACGAUGAAUAUUCUGGCCGAAGCGGCUAGGGUGGGGAGUGUGAAGAGAGUUGUUAUUAUGAGCUCGGUCGUGGCGUUGAUUCCGCUUGCUGGGGUUCCGGAAGGUGGUGUUAUUAAAGAGGAUAACGACUGGGAUUUAUCAGUUGAUGAAACCGCAGACUUUACACGAGAAAACGACUUCCUCACAUCCCUUCAACUCUACCACGCCUCAAAACUCCUUGCUAAUGCCGCAAGCUGGUCCUUCAUGUCAUCCCAGCAGCCCCAAUUCACGCUCAUAACACUCCACCCCACCCCCGUCUUCGGCCACCACAUCCUACAAACGCACUCCUCUGAACUAGCAAUUUGCACAAACGACUAUCUCUUCGGCUCGAUCAUGAGCGGCGUCGCCCUCUCACCCACAAACUGUGUCCACGUCCUCGAUGUCGCGGACGCGCAUCUGCGAGCCCUAGACGAGGCACGCGUGCAGGGGAAUGCCAGUUACUUGAUAUCGGGACCAGCGCCGUUGUGCGACGAGACGGUGGGGCUUCUGGAAAAGUAUUAUCCGGAUGCGGGGUGGAAGAUUAGGGCGGGUGGGGAAACGGGAUUCUGGGGUAUUGAUACCGGGAAGGUGGAGAGGGAGUUGGGGUUGGAGUGGAGAAGUUAUGAGAUGAUGUUGAGGGAGGUUAUGGACCAGCAAUUGGGAUUUUUGAAGGUUGAAGGUGCUUGA